AUGGAAGGCGACGGAAGAAAAAGGAGGCCCAAUUUUACGGAGGCUGAGUGUCAACUCCUUGUUGAUAUGGCCGUAGAUAACAUUGAUACUAUUCAAUGUAAAUUUAGUUCCAUAGUUACGAUAAAAAAGAAAGCAGAGGUGUGGCAGCGGAUCACAGACAGUAUCAAUGCAAUAAGCUGCACUAUAAGGACAAAGGAAGAAAUCAAAAAGAAAUGGCAGGACAUGGUGGGAGACACGAGGAAGAGGGAGUCUGCUCGCAUAACCAGCCAGAGAGGGACUGGUGGUGGGGCAGCCCCAAAACCCCUCUCUGCAAUGCAGGAACAGAAUGAUAUAAACUUCACCCAAACAGGUCUGCGAAACAGCCACUUAAAAGACAGAGUUGGGGAAGUAGAAGGUGGAGUACAGCCAUCCCUUAUAGGUCAGUCUCCAUAUACCCCCAUGCUCCCACUUGAGCCUUCUGAGAGUAGUGAAACUGCACCAACUCCUGAGUGUUUUUCAAAUGAUGAUGUCACCAACCCUCGACAGAAGAGGAAGAAAAUGUCUAGAACAUUUACAUCAGAUGACUUUGAGGACACUAGCAGCACAGAGGCCGAGCAUGAUGUGAAGUUGAAGAAAGGGAGAAGGCUUCAGACAUAUCACUGCGAAGAUUCGAAUAAAGCAUUAUUGGAAAUAGAGAAGGAAAGACUUCAUCUUGAAAAGGAGAGACUCAGCAUUGAGCAGGAAAGAAAGGAGAUGGAAAGGGAGAGACUGGACAUAGAAAAAAGCAAAUUAGAGAUGGAGCAGCAACGUUUGAAACUUUUAUAG